UGUCAAAAUACUGUCAGUGUCACAUGCACGUCGGAUUUACUAAUUUGCACGUGCGUUAUUGUAAAGUUUAUUUAUUUAAUUUUGCUUAAACAAAAUGACUAGAUUUGCAAGAGCUAAAGGCUCUAAGGCAUCAAAUGAGAGAGCUCCCGAAGACGGUACUCCAUGGGAGGUUAUGAAAGAACAGUUGUUAAAUGCGAAAAAGGAAAGUGAAGAAGCUAAAAAGAGGGAAGAGGCUGAGAAGCAACGUAUCGAAAAUUACGAAAACUUUCUCAAGGAACACAAAACCCAAAAGAGAAAAGCUACUUGGUGUGAUUUUCCAGAAACUAACACACCAAAGACAGAAUUAACAAAUGAUUCAGUCUCUAAAAGCAAGAAGAAAAAGACUAAGAAAAGUGCAGAAGCUGCAGAAGAUAGUAAAGCUCCAAAUGGUGUAAGAAAUAGUGAAAGUAAUGUAACUGAUACAACAGAAGAGGUCCCUAAGAAGAAGAAAAAUAAACCCCAAAAGUCCACAGAGAUACAAAGUGAACAUAAACCAUCACCUGUAACAGAGAACAAUCAGAGUAAUAAAAAAAAUAAGAAGAAAAAUAAUAAAAAGAAACAAAAGUCUGCUGUGGAUUCAGCAUCACCUAAUACAAAUGAAAAUGUAAAUGAAACAGAAACAGAAAGUAAUAAAAAAAUCCAACAAAACAACCAAAAAAUUAAGGAGAAAAAAAUCAAGAAGUUGGUCAAUGGUAAACCUGUACGGAGAAAGGAGAUUAAUGACAACAGUUUCCAACUGAUUGUCCAUGGUAGAGAAAUAGAACUAGUUAGAUUUGAUGGAUUUCCUGUUAUGAAAAAGGAUGCAGAAAGACUUCAGGAGUUAAAGAAUAACAUGAUAAAGAAAGGGAUUCCUAAGAGUGAGGUGCAAAGGACUAUGAAGCUGGAAAGGAGAAGGGCUGAGAAGGCUUUAGCUAGGAUGAAAAGAGAGGUAUGCUAUAAUUGCAGAAAGGGAGGCCAUGUGCUGUCUGAUUGUCCUGAACUCAAGACUAAGAUACCAGGCUCUGACCUUGCUGAAGGUGUUUGUUUCAAAUGUGGAUCUACUGAACACAGGCAGUUUGAAUGUAAAGUUCAAAGGGAUAAAGAGUUCAGAUUUGCUACUUGCUUCAUUUGUAAAGAACCAGGUCACAUAGCCAGGCAAUGUCCUGACAAUCCUAAAGGUUUAUAUCCCAAUGGUGGGUCUUGCAAGCUGUGUGGUGAUGUCACACAUUUGAGGAAAGAUUGUCCCACUGCAACGGAUAAUAAGGAAGGAUCAACAGUAAAGCUUCACACAUUGGACAGCACAGCUGACAUUGAAGAUGUAGGUCUGCAAAACAAUAAGACAGCCGCACCAGAAACUACCAAAAAGCCUAAGAAAAUACAAUUCUAGUUGUUUUUUACAUUCUGCCUGUUAAAACGUAAGCAAAUUCUAUCAAUAAACAAUAAAACAAUAUAUUAUA